AUGGUCCGCAGACUUCGUGAACAAAGUACUACAGAAGAUGAAAUAGUAAUUGAUACAUCACCACAAAAAAAGCAUAAGCGACAUAAGCAUAAGAAGAAAAAAAGAAAGCCUGAUUAUGAGUAUGAUAGUGAUACCUCUAUUGAUGUGUCCCAUGAAGAUGUACUGGAUAAGCCAUAUAAAAUAAAAAGUAGAAAAGAAGCCCCUGGCACAGCUGCUGAAUUACUAAAGGCUCAAACUAUGAAAUCAUCUGAUUAUCGUAAGUCUAUGCCAGGAUCUUCAUCAACCACUCCCCCAAAAGUGCCCUCCAAGAAAAAGAAAGGUAAAGGUCGUGAUAGUGGUACAUCUAGCGAAGAAGAGAGAUGGUUGGAUGCCAUUAAGUCAGGCAAACUGGAAGAAGUUGAUGAAGAAUUAAAGAAAAUAAAACCAAAAGACCCCAAAAUGAUGACUGCUAGACAAAGGGCAAUGUAUGAAAGAGGUACUGACAAAGAAACUAGCCCCGGUGGAGAAGUGUUACUUGCUUUACCUUCUGGAUACAAAGAAAAAGUGAUGACUGCAGAGGCACUUCAAAAAGCUGCUUUAAAGUCACAAAAACGAAAACAAUUAGCAGAUGAAAAACGAGAAAAGGAUAAAAAGAAAACUAUGGAUCGACUUUUAAAAAAGCAAGAAUCAAAAAACCUUAAAAAUGCUCACAGGGGCAAACCAACAAGGAAACAAGAACCAAUGAUUGUUUAUAAAAAUAAUAAUAACACAAUAACUUUAACUUUUCCACCAGGAAUGGCAAUUCCUCUAACAUGUAAGGCUACAAUUGACCAACCAAAGGCUUUAAAAUGUGGGAUUGAAGGCUGUAAUAAUGAUAAGAAAUAUAACUGCUCCAAAACUGAUGUACCACUUUGUAGUUUAGAAUGUUACAAAAUUAAUAUUGCACUUCAACAUUAA